UUCUACGGUGAUGCUGGACGUGGACACGGAUCAAGAAUCGGUGGCCAUACUCGUGGUAGUCAUGAUGUUUUUAUCGGGAAACUCUCUGAAAAAGCUACAGUGGUGUCUAUUGAUGAGUAUCGUUCUUCAAAAUUGUGUGCCUUCUGUCACAUGCCCAUCAUUCAUCCUGUCAAGACAAACAAGGACAAAUCAAAGAAGAUCACCAAUUUAGGAACGGUUGUUUGCAUCAACCCUGAUUGCUACAGCCGGAAGAAUGGAUAUGCCGCCAGAGGACGAGACGAAAAUGCUUCUAUCAACAUAGCAAUAAUCGGAUAUGAACAGCUCGCCUUUUGUCAAACAAUUAAACAAUUCGAAAGAUCUUCUCUUCAUGCUGGAGGUUUGAAAGGGAAGGUAACACUUGUAUAG